AUGGCAUCUUCUCUUGUUGGGCAAGCAUUUCCCGAGGACGUCACUUUCCAGUAUGUCCCUUACUCACCUGAAAAGGCUGAUCUCAACGCAUGCGGCAUCCCUGUCAAAUUUGAUGCGAGCAAAGAUUUCAAGGACAAGAAAGUAGUUCUCGUUGCUGUUCCCGGCGCAUUCACGCGUACAUGCUCUGAGAAACACAUCCCAACCUUUGUUCAGCACCAGGAUGCGCUGAAGGCUAAGGGCGUGGACAAGGUCGUUGUCAUCGCCUAUAAUGUGAAGGACGACGGGCGGACACAGCGGUAUGCAUUGAUUGUGGAUCAUGGAAAGAUCACCUACGCUGGGGUGUCGGAUACUAAGGGUGUCAUUGAGGGAACAGAUGCGGCAAGUGUGUUGGCACACCUGUGA